AUGACGCGAGCUGCCGCACCACCGAUUCUGCUACAACUACACAGCGCCGAAUCGGUUUCAUCCCAAAUAAUAGCUCUACGGAACCUGAAGAAUGAACUCAUUGGACAUGAUCAGCGUAAGGAGGCAUAUAUUGCGGAGGGCAUCAUCCCAGCUCUAGCGCAAGUGCUGACAUCGAGAUGGCCGGGAACGGCGGAGUUCAAUGAGUUCUCGUUGCAAGAUCGAGCAACUCGCAAGUUGUCAGAAGAUUAUGAUGCUUGUCUUCAAGCCACUUUAAUUGUUGGAAGCUUGGCACAAGGUGGUCCAACUUUCCUUACUCCGAUAUUCGCAAGCAACAUACUCCCCACCCUACUUUCAAUACUCUCGUCGCCAGAUUGCCCUGACUCAUUCUGUCUUCCAAUUCUACGACUGUUGAACACAAUUGCGGAUCGAUUGCCGUUGCAGAGCCAGGAACAAUGGCCCCGGGACACACAACUUGCGGAUCUUGUCUUCACUUCUGCAAACAUCAGCUUCCUUAGACGAACUCUAUCGCAAGACUACAAUAAUUUGCGCUGCCAGGCCGCCAUCGAGUUAUCGGCUGCCUUGAUUGGCAAGCUGUGCACGGAGGAAAUCCACAAGACCGCACUAGCAGAAUCCGGGGUGCUGGACGCUCUGGCACUCAAAAUUGCGUCAUUUGUCGUGGCCAAGGGCUUCGUUUUACCUGGAGCAGAGGAUCAUCUACAAGAGCCGGGGGCAUUGGAAGACCUACCACUCCCGGCCCCUCCAUCCGCCCAGCUAGCGCCCAUUUUGCGCGCCGUCGCCGUCAUCAUUGAACAGUCCAAAUGGAGGGCGGAGCAUUUUUUGUCAUCACCGGGCAUUGUGACGGUUUUUCCGAAGCAGCUUCCGGGUUUCGCUCCAUCUGAUAUUAAGAAGGGUCCGUGGGGAUCCACAUAUUUGUCGGGCUCCGCAGUGCCCCGUCAUCUUGGCGCUAAUCCCAUGGAGCAGCUUUUGCCUUCGAUUCCUCUGGCACACACGAAGUCAUCGUCUAGUUCUGCCAACUUCCCGCCCCUUGGCCAUGGAGGUUCUCAGCGACGACAGAGCCAUUCAUUCCCUCCGCCAUUUUCACUGUCUGAAACGCCUGUCCCGGAAGACGAUGAGAAUCCAAUUGUUCCAUGGCUACUCUGCAUCCUCCGCUCUGAGAGCGGAAUGAUACGGUUGAUGGCCGCUCGUCUCGUCACCGUUCUCUUCCGUCUGGGAUUGGCGAAAAAGCAGCGGAUCCCGAUGUUCAGCUAUCUGUUGAUUCCCAUCUUGAUUCGGAUGCUUGAUAGGGACUUUUGCCUAGCAGAUGAAGAUGGCGCUAAUUAUGAUGGACUCCUCACAUCUACCCAACGUUUGAAAGAAGAAGCACCGGCUGUCUUGGCCAAUUUAGUCAUGGAUGACCAAGAACUGCAGAGACAUGCAGUGGAAGGCAGUGCACUAAAACGACUUUCACAACUUCUCAAAGAGACUUAUAACCCGGUUUCUGAGACCUCUCGUCCAAUGUGGCAUGCAGAGGAUGCACCAGCCCGGGAUAUUGAGACUCUUUCCCCAGAAUGUCGCCUCGGACCUUCCGGCUACUCCCCGACCUUGUGCCACGUAAUGCGCUACCGUGAAAACAUCCUCAAGGCUCUGGCGGCGCUCGUUCCAUUCAAAGACGAGUACCGCAAGGCCAUUUGUGAGCAUGGCGUAGUUCCUUACAUUAUUGAUGCUCUCAAGCCAAGGCCCAGCGAUGCACCGGUUGAUGCCUCGAUGCCCAGCAAUACUGCCGAGGAUGGAAACCCGAUUCCCACCAUUCUUGCUGCCUGUGGCACAGCUCGGAUGUUGACACGAUCGGUUAGCGUGCUGAGAACUAGCCUCAUCGAUGCUGGUGUGGCCGACCCACUGUUUGCUCUUCUACGCCAUUCCGACACUGAGGUGCAAAUCGCGGCAACGGCUGCAAUCUGCAAUCUGGCAUUGGAUUUCAGCCCUAUGAAAGAAGCAAUCAUCUCUGCCAACAUCAUUCCCAUUCUUUGCGAACACGCCCAUUCAUCUAAUACUAAAUUACAAAUCGAGUCGCUAUGGGCCCUGAAGCACAUGGUCUACGACACAGCAAACGACAUUAGAAUGAACAUCGUCCAAACCUUAGGUCCACAAUGGAUCAUGCAAGUCAUUUCGCAAGACCCAGUCCGCGCCGCCUUGAACAAACGAGGCCUGGAAGAAGAAAUCGACAGUUCCGGGAUAGCCAUGGGCCGAUCCAACUCCGCCGGCGAACAAGUCGACAUCCUCAAUCCAAUGGAAGACGCAGCACAAUGGGACGAAGACCUGAAAAUGACCGACACUAUGCCCCCUUCUAAGAUGAGCUUAGACAUGUUUCUGCCGGACGCGCGCCGCCGCCGCAAACUCGUCUUACACGGCACCCUUGCACAAACCACGCAAUCCCGGCAAGACGACAUCGCCGUCCAAGAACAGACCUUCGAUCUUCUCCGCAAUAUGAUCUGCGGCCGCGAUGCCCCAGAAAUGAUCGAGUAUCUGUUCCGCGAGCUCGGUCAAAACGACUUCCUGGAUACAAUCGCUGAAACUCUCCGACCACAAACCAUCCAACUCCCCCAUCGCCGCGAAUCAGGGACCCCUCUUCACGUCCCGAACGAAAUCAUCACUGCUGCCGCAGCGCUGAUCAUCCACUUGGCCGCUGGACAUCCUCGCCACCGCCGCAUCGUCGCCUUCCACCGCGACCUGCUACGCUCUUUGGGUAAUUACUUCAACCACUCGCACAAGGAUGUCCGGUCGAAUUGUGUUUGGGUGGUCAUCAAUCUCAUAUACGAGGAAGAUCAGAACGAUCGCGAGGGAUGCCGUGAGCGCGCGGUUCGGCUUCGCUCACUUGGGUUUGCGGAGCGAUUGGCUAGUCUUGAGGAUGAUUCGGAAUUGGACACUAGGGAGCGCACGAAGACUGCUUUGCAUUUGUUGAAUAAAUUGUCCCCUGCAUAA